UUUUAGCUGUCAAAACUUCCAAUCUGGCACUUCCGUUUGAGUCAGAAACAGAAAAUAAACAUUUGAUUGAACCUAAAAUACAACAUUUGACAUACGACUUUUAUUAUAAAUAACCCUUUUAUCCCAUUUUCAACAAAAUACCACUAUCUCCGUGUACAUACACACUUUUAAAACGCAUGUUAUCAACGUUCAACAGAUCGUAGUGUGUGGACAGCUGGUGGUCUGUUCUAAGAAGAGAGUCGGGGUAUUUGCUGCAUAUUUCUUCUAACUCAGUAACUGUACUCUGGAUACGGCCAGCAGUCAUGAAGUUGUACGCCCUCUCUGUAUUGUACAAGACUGGUGAUAAUAAAGCUACAAGACUUAUAUCAGCCCAUGAGCUCAGUAGCUUUGGAUACUUCCAAAAGUCUAGUGUGAAGGAGUUUAUGAACUUCUCCAGUAAAAUUAUUGUGGAGCGAACACUUGCAUCAUCACGGUCAUCUGUGAAAGAACAAGAGUACAUCUGCCAUGUGUAUGUAAACAGUAACAAUGUUGGAGCGGUGCUGAUAGCCGACCAUGAGUACCCACAGCGUGUGGCUCACACUCUCCUGAACAAAGUCAUCGAGGAAUUUGAGAAAAAAAUUGACAAGAAAUACUGGUCUAUAUCAAAAGAAGAUGAAAUAAGGCUUCCUGAAGUAGAACUAUUAUUGACAAAAUAUCAGAACCCUAAAGAGGCAGAUGCAAUGACCAAAAUUAAUGCAGAUUUAGAUGAAACAAAAAUUAUUCUUCACAACACAAUAGAAGCCGUGCUCCAAAGAGGCGAGAAAAUAGAUGACCUGGUGGAGAAAUCAGAGGGACUCAGUUUACAGAGUAAAACAUUCUAUAAAACUGCAAGGAAGACAAACUCUUGCUGUGUGAUACUCUAAUGUGGUGCUUCUCUAGAGGAAUGAUGGACCUCUGAUGUUGCUGAUAAAUGGUGUCACUGUGUGGUGUUGUGUUCAGCCAGUCUUUAUUGUGUCUCCUUCAUACGACUGCACAACAGUGACCUAAGUGAAGAGGUUAUGACCUUGACAUCUGUCGGAAUAGUUCCACAAGAAAUCAUUCAAAAGACCACUGGUGUUAAAAAUAAAUUAGCUGUAUCAUUUGUAGUAUGGACUUUUUCUCAUUACUUCUUGUAACAUAUUAAUAUUGGUUGUGAGUAUAUUCAUGAAAGAGGAGGGAGUUACAAAUAAUUGCAGAUUUAGAGCUGGUAGUGCCAAUAUUUGAUCAAGAGACAUUGCAGACCAUUUUGUUUUAAUAACAGUUUGUUCCAAAGAUUGCCAAUGACAAUAGUCAUUUACAGCUUGUCUCAUUCAAUUUGUAAAAUGAUGAUGCAAGUGACGUAUGUUAUUUAAGUAUAUUUAAAAAAUCACAUGUGUACAUUUUACUACGUUACUAUUCUCACAAGUUAAAUAUGUACAUUUCAUAUGUGUGUCCAAAUUGGAAAAAUGGGACAUUAUCAAUUAGCACAGUUUGUUACAAUUUUUUAUCCACCUAAGUUUCUGUUCAGAGAAAUUAUUUUGUUUAUAUCUUUAAUACAGCUAAAUAUAUUUAAGAAAGCCAAAAAGAAAAAACCUACUAUAUAAGAUCACGAAAGUAUUGUUUCUGAUUGUAAAUCAUGACCUGAGUUUUUUUAUUGUGAUGUAUCAUAGUCUAGGAAAACUGAUCUAAUACAUGUACAUCUGAAUAUUGUCAAUGGGUUGGUUUUGGAUGAUUAUUCUUGUGCUAUUCAGAUUAAUUUCAUUGUAAAUGUUUUUAUGUUAAUUUUGAUGAAAAAGGAAACUUAUUUGUCAAAUGACUGUUCAUAUAGAAUGUGUUUUGCUCAAAUGAGCACAUAUACAUGAGCUACUAAAAUCAAUAAAUUAUUAUUAAACCAUUUAAUGUCUUUGAAAUAAAGUUGUGUGCAUUUUUCAAUGCCAUGUCUUCUAAAAGAACGUUGUGCAAUAUCUUUUAACAAAGUGUAUAUAUAGAUAUAUAUACAUAACAGUAUAAUGUAUUUUAAGAAGAUUGUUUUCUGCAUACCUGCACAUGUAUAUCAUGACAUAUUAUGUGCAUGCUCAUACGCAAAGAUUUAAAUAUUGAUAUGAAGUUAUAAUUACUUGAUGCAUGCAUUAAGUUCAAGCUUACAUUGGAAAAUUUCCAAAAUUAUGAAUAUGUAUGCGCUUAAAAUGAGCAUUUUUUAUUAGAAUCAAACUAUCUUUGUAAGAUUUACCUCCCUUUCAUAGUUGAAAAUGUGGUUCUUUUGGAUUAAGAAAUUCAUGUUUAUUUCUUAUAUUGUUCUUUUUGCUAAAGAUAUGAACUAUUAGUACUUCACUGUGUUUCUUAAUUCAAACUUAUAACUGGAUAUAUAUUUUCUGUAUGUAUUUGAUUUUAAAAAAUAUGCAUGUGGAUGUUACACUGGCAAUAACUGUUAACCCUUUGCAUGCUGGGUAAUUUGUUGUCUGCUAAAAUGUCGUCUGCUGCAUUUCUAAAAUUAGCAGUUUCUUCAAAAAAAAUUCAAAGAAUACUAUCAGAAUAGCAAACAGUUUGGAUCCUGAUGAGGCACCACGUUCUGCCUUCAAAAUUCAGUUCCAGCACUGAAAGGGUGAACAGACAUGGAACAUUCCAGGAUCUGAAUUACUUAUGUAAGUCUUUAAUCUUCUGGUCAGUUCAGUGGGGAGUUAGAGGUAAAACUUGCUUUGUAUUUGUUUAUAUUAAAACCUCAAACGUUCACGAUCAAAUUCAUCAAGACUGAGGCAAGAGGGUGUAAAUUAAUAAUUCCAGACUCAUUAACCUGCAUGAUUACAGACAGUUCAAACUUUAGCUUCAUUUUGGAAUGAGGUCAACCACAUGUUUCGAGAUGUUCUGUAUACGUCUUUUUGGUUGUUCUCCGGAAAUGAAACUUCACAGAACAUUAAGAAUUCAGUUGAGUUCUGAGAAAACUGGGCAUAAUGCAUGUGCGUAAAGUGUCGUCCCAGAUUAGCCUGUGCCGUCUACACUGGCUAAUCAGGGACGACACUUUCCGCUUUUAUGACAUUUUUCAUUAAAAUGAAGUCUCUUAUCAGUAAAAAUCCAAUUUAGGCGGAAAGUGUCGUCCCUGAUUAGCCUGUGUGGACUGCACUGGCUUAUCUGGAACGACACUUGAUGCACAUGCAUUAUGCCCAGUUUUCUCAGAACGCGACUCGAUAUAUCUUAACAAUCUCUCUACAAUUUACAUUUAAAUGUUCUUGGUAAAAUCAUCUUGAUGAUUGAAUGAUUGCCUGUUAAUUGCCCAAGAUUAAAUUUUUACUGCCAUAAUGUUGUUCAGGUUACACAAUAGACAUAAGGCCACGACUUUUUUUUUUAUUGGGUUACAAAAAUUAUUUUGAAAAUGGUCCAUCGGGCGGUCGAAAAAAAAAAAAAAAAAAAACAUUGGAAAAAUAAGUUUAUACUAAUAACAUCAGAACAAAGACAUCAUAUCUUUUAAAACCUUAACACAGAGACGAAAAAUCAAAUUAUGCAAUGAAACACAUCUAUAUCUUCAAAUGAAAUGAGUCACCUAAAAGCACCUUUUGUAACAUCAGGCAAUUUUAAACACUCCAUUAAAUGACAUGCGUUCUUCUCCCAUUAAAACAACUGCGCUUCAUUUCCGUAAUUCGAUGCGCACCAUUACGCAAUGCGAUGCCCGUUGCAUAAAUCUUAUAUAAGAUAAACUACUCACACACAAAGUAUGUGUUUGCUCUUAUUGGACUUAUGACAUCGUCCAUGAAAAAAAAUCGAGGUAGAUCGAUCCCCGCGUCGUCGCGGUAAUGUUUGUUAAAGUUGUUGUUGUCAUGAAAACUCGUUGAUUUACAACGCAAAACGUCUUAUUUGAACUGACGCGAAAAAAUACAAUCAUAUUUGUCAACUUGGCUUUUGCUUUAUUUUGAUAAUUUAAUCCAAAGUUUAAUGUUAGCAAGUGUUUUUACUGGAAUUGUAAACAAGGAGCCAGUUAAAGUCUUCCGAAAAUGUGCAGUCUGUGUGAAUUAACAGUUUGACGUCAUCAAAGGAAAGCCGCUUGCUGUCUGAAGCAAUAAAGCGACAAAUUUCGCGCCGACAAAAUUGGCUUCCUUUGUCUAGCAAUCAACAUGCCGAACCAAUCAUGCGUUUGUUUCUCAAUUGCAAUCCUCCAAUUUAAUAAUAGCACGUGCAUAGCUCCGCCUUCGAAUCUUUUGCAGAGAACGGAGGCGGAGUUUAACGGUUAAUUGAGCUAGUAUUUUACGCAAGUUGAGUUCCGAUUUGCCGAAAUUACUCGGCCCUAAGCAUUAAAACAACAAAUACAUUUAUCAAUGAUUUUUUUAGAUAUACCGAUUUGUUCCGAUUUCCAAAAUUUCUGUACAGUUACUAUAAACUAUGGCGGACGUGUUUACAAAAUUCCUAAACAUAUAUAUCGUAAAUAAUGGCAGUGUUUUAUUGGAUUAUUUAUACUAAUUAUCAAAUUGCAAGGUAAUACUUUUUUAUCUACUAUAAUAUCGGGUUUGUUUAAUAUAAUAAACAUGUUAAACAAUAUAGUUGCGUCACAGACUCGGAAAUAAAUUUUGAUGCGGUCGACAUUUUACUGACGCUGAUUUUCCUAUUGUCUGUAAUUAAAUAAAUUUUGAGAAGUGCCCAUAAAAGGACUGGUACAUACUGUGUCACAUUGAAAAAUAUCCCGAUCUCUGUAAUAUAUGUGAACCAAUCGUUCAUUGUACUUACUUGAUUUUAUUCGCAAACGUACUCAAACCGGAUCGUUUUUUUUCUCGUUUCGCUCGUUUUUCAGUGCGGUCGAGAAUAAAAUAUAUUAAAAAAAGAAGAUUUUCCGAUUUUAUAUUUUUCCCAUUUUCCAAAAAUUAGGGUCGGCGGUUUUGUAACCCAAGAAAUAUAAAAGUCGUGGCCUAACUGUGAGAUAGUUACAACACUGUGUUGAUUCAUUCCAAAAACUACCAUGGCAUUGUUUGAUUAAAUGUAGAAUUUUUUGUUUUGACAGAAGUAGGCAAGGUUAUAACAAAUUUAUUCAUACAAAGUGUUGCUAAAUGUAAUUGAUAUCAUACCUGCGUCUUUGUUUUUUUAAAUAAAAAAGUUGAAAAAAAAAGAAGUUUGGUAAUCUAACAUAUGAAAAGAUAAACAUACUUGGCUUGAAAUAACGCACUAGCACCUUUUUGUUGUUUAGUUAUUUCAAGUCUUGUUUGCAUGAUUCUGACUCUGGUGAAUGACGAAUUUUUUGCUGACACUGGAUGUGCAUUUACCAGAAAGGAAAACAAUCAUGCUAGUAAUUGAUUUUAUUAUUGUCUGUAUCAUUCUUAUUUAUUAUGUGCUGAUAGGAUACAUGUAGUUUCGCUGGACCUGGUUUUUAUGGCAAAAUAUUGAAAUAAGAUCUUGACUAAAUUAUGCUUGUAAUUCAUAUAUAGACAAACAUGUCAAUCUUUAGAUAUAUAGUGAGUAUACUAUAGAGACCAACAUCCGUCUUUGUAUCCUUAUUUGUUGUAUGUUUUAAAUGUACCGGUAUAAUGUGCAUAAAAAUAAAAUGUUCCUUCUAUAAUUAAUAUAGUAUUGUGCUCUCACACAAUGUUGUGUUGUAUGGACCUGACAAUGUCAACUUAAAUGUAUAAUAAAAUAGAUAAUUAGAAACUGAA